AUGGUUUAUGAUUCUCUGUGUGGUUAUGCUCAUCACUUGACUCUGCUUCUAUUUCACCAUUCUUUGCACCUUUAUCACCCUUCAGCUCUGAACACCUUUGAACAAAUAGUAUAUAGUGCCAAAGGAAAGCAAAUUGUAGUUUUUCUUGACUACGAUGGAACUCUCUCUCCAAUUGUUGCAGAUCCAGAUAAGGCUUUCAUGACUAGAAAGAUGAGAGCAACACUAAAGGGUAUAUCAAGACAUUUUCCCAUAGCAAUCGUGACUGGAAGGUGCAGAGACAAGGUAUAUAACUUUGUAAAAUUGGCAGAACUUGGCAUGGACAUCACUGGUCCAACAAAAAGUCCAAAAGGUAAUAAUAAUAAUAAAGCAGUGUUGUUCCAAUCCACGAGUCAAUUCCUGCCAAUGAUCGAUGAGGUGUACAAGAUCUUGUUAGAAAAAACGAAGACUAUCCCAAGGGCUAAGGUUGAGAACAAUAAGUUUUUUUUGUCCUUGCACUUUCGUUGUGUUGACAAAAAGAGUUGGGCAGCGUUGGCGGAGAAAGUUAGAUUGGUGCUCAAUGAGUAUCCACAACUCAGACUAACCCAAGGGAGAAAAGUGCUAGAGAUCCGUCCAACCAUCAAAUGGGACAAGGGCAAGGCUCUUGAAUUUUUGUUAGAAUCAUUAGGGUACAAGAAUUUGAAUGAUGUAUUUCCAAUCUAUAUUGGUGAUGAUCGAACUGAUGAGGAUGCUUUUAAAGUUUUGCGCAGUAGGGGUCAAGGAAUUGGGAUUCUUGUUUCUAGAGUUGCAAAAGAAACAAAUGCUUCCUAUUCCUUGCAAUGCAGGUUGCAAGUUGGAGGAGUGCAACUUUUGAUACUGGACCUCCUGUAA